AAAACAAACACCACAUCCACGCAAGACAAGCCAGCAACCAGCAAGUCUUGCCCCAAAACAUCUUCUUCCCUUUUUCUUCUUAUCUCCCUCCUCCAGGGAGUCGUCUUUUCGUACUGCUGUAUCAUCAGUUGAUACAUUCCUUCUACCAAGUAUAAAUACCUGCGCGACUAGAUACCACCACCAUCACCACCACCACUCCUUGCGACAUCUUCACAUCUUUGUCAGUUUGCCCACGCGGCAACACCAUCACCGCCAAGAUGUCUGUCGUCUCGCUUCUCGGGGUCAAUGUCAUGAACAACCCCGCCAAGUUCACCGACAAGUACCUCUUCGAAAUCACCUUUGAAUGCCUUGAGCAUCUCGAGAAGGACCUCGAAUGGAAGCUUACCUACGUCGGCUCCGCCACCUCGGAUAACUACGACCAGGAACUCGACUCUCUCCUCGUCGGCCCCAUUCCCGUUGGUGUCAACAAGUUCAUUUUCGAGGCCGAGCCUCCUGACACAAAGCGCAUCCCCAUCGACGAGCUUCUAGGCGUCACGGUGAUACUGUUGACGUGCGCCUACGACGGUCGCGAGUUUGUGCGCGUUGGCUACUACGUCAACAACGAGUACGAGAGCGAGGAGCUCAUUAAUGAUCCGCCCCCAAAGCCCGUUAUUGAGAAGAUCCGCCGCAACGUUCUGGCCGAGAAGCCAAGAGUCACGCGAUUUGCUAUCAAGUGGGACUCUGAAGCCUCCGCUCCUCCUGAAUUCCCUCCUGAACAGCCCGAAGCCGACGAGGUCGCCGACGAAGAAGAGUACGGCGCCGAUGAACUCGCUGAACAAUCGAGCAUCGCCGACCCCGCCGUCAACGGCGGCAUGGAAGUUGAGGGCCAGCCAAAUGGCGCCAUCGUAAUCGAGGAAGACGAGAUGUCCGAAGACGGCAGUGUCGAUCUUGAGAACGAAUCCGAGGACGAGCUGGACGGUGAGGGCGACGCCGAGGGUGAGCUCGAGCAAGGACAGGAUGAGGACAUUGAGAUGGGCGAUGAGAUGGAGAUUGAUGACCACCCAAAGCAGCAGGGCAUGGCCAUGGCUCAAUAGAGUAAGACCAUGGAAAAGGACGGGGAGAUGUCGAUUAGCUCUCCGCCGGGUUCGGAGAUGGAGACUGCGAGAAAUCACCAUAAAAGGCAAGAUUCUGCGAGAAAGGGUCAUUGGUCUGUGAUCAUGGGGUGAAGAGCGAUGGAUGGGAUACCAA